ACUUGCCGAAUGGCAUGAAUAAUUGAACUACCCUUUUAAUCGUCCUCAAACAAGCAAACUAUGUCUCUCUCUAUCUCCACAAGCAAGCAUCAUUCGUAGUUACGCCUCGAAACUUGUAACACUAUGUACUAUCUCGAACAGCUCCGUGCGCUAGUGAGACGUUAUCUCGAACGUCGCUCGCCAGAUCCACGCAUCCAGCAUACGUUCAUCGUGCAGAGCAUUAACCGCGUCGGUGGUAUGCUCGGUAUCGACAUCUUUACACCCGGCUAUUCCUCCACCAAUCUCCUGCUGCGGAUGGUCCUGCUGAACACGUUCACCUUUUUCUGGAUCAAUCUCUACAGCCUGACCACCACCUACGGCAAUCUGGUCGACUUCAUGUACAGCUUCGAGACGCUGCUGUACGUGGGCAUCGCCUGCAUCAAGAUGUACGUGUUCAUCAAGAACAAAACGCUCAUCCUGCAGAUGCACCAGUACAUGAUCGACUUUUUCGACCAGUUUCACGGCGAUCGGGAACAGGACGAGUUGCUGGUGGGAACACUAAACAACACGACCCUGCUGUCGUCACUGUUUGCGGUAUGUUCCAGCUCCGCACCGGGCUUACUCUUUGUCGGCUCGCUGCUCUGGUCCAUUGCGGUCGAGUAUGUGCUGCCGUUCGGGUUCUUUAUCCCUACGGUUGGCAUGGAUACGCUGCAGGGGUACACGCUCAACUAUGGGUUUCAAAUGCUCGAAACGACGCUCAUGGUGAUCGGCAUCAUCUCGAGCGAGAGUGCAUUCUUUAUGUUUCAGCAGAACGCGUGCCUGCAGGUGGACAUGCUGCGGUUGCAGCUUAGACGGCUGAGCGAACUGAGUGCGGCUAACGGUGAUGGGAGCAGCACGAAGGAGAUACGAACCCGCAUACAGACGAUCAUUCAGCAUCAUGUCGAGCAUUUGGAGUAA